AUGUCGCAGCCAACCCAGAUCAUGGCUCCUCAGCAGCUGCCGCCUCCUCAGCAGCUGCCGCCUCCUCAUGUCUCGCCCAAGAAGACAUGGGGCACCAAGAUCGGCUUCCGGAUAGCUUCGUUCAUCUUCUGUAUUGUCAUCAUCGGCCUCUCUGCUCACCAGGCUACUUCUCGUUACUCUGGGGUUUAUGCGCUCGUGUUCAUGGUGCCUCCGGCCGCAUUCUCAGCAAUCUGGAAUGUUGCGGAGGGCAUAUGCAUCCUGGUCCGUCGAGGACGUCGCGGCAUGCACCCUGCCGCCAUCGUCAGCAUCGAUCUUCUGGUCUGGCUCGCCUACGUUGGCCUCACCGUAACGUACGCGUUGUUCGGGUGGUACGAUGACUAUUAUUACUACUACUACGACUCCUACAAUUCGAGAUACAACAGCAGUUCUCCCGGCAUCAUCCAGGCCAUUGUGGCGUUCGGAGCUCUUGAAGUUAUCUGCCACUUCAGCCUGUUCGUCAUCGGCUGCGUCGAGACCAACAUCCGCAACAACGCCGGUCCCCAGAUCGUCUACUACGCCGCUCCCCCCGGCAUGCAGGUGGUCCCCUUCCCGCCCAACGGUGCCUUCCCCGCCCCGGGCCAGGGCAUUGAAGUCCCCCAGAACGCCUACUUCCAGCCCCCCGUGAACGGCUCCUACCCUCCUCAGCAGCCGCAUUACUCUUGGGCUCCGGCCCCCGCUCCCGCUGGCGUUUCUCCCCAGUCGAACACCGCCGUGCCACACAAGGAGGGACCUUGA